UUUGUGAAAAUGUUUAGGGAUUUAUAGCAGAGAUUGGGCGACCCAGUCUUUAUCUUUGAAUGCUUUGUUGUCUUUUAGUUCUGCGGAGAUGUCGUUAGAUUUUGAAUUUGAUAAAUCUUUGGCUUCUUUCUUUUUAUCUGGCUUGACCUCAUCUUCGUCUUCCUCUUCAUCCUGGCUGACUUUCUCUAUCAUAUCACUAACGUAUUUUUCAGCAUCUCUUUUGUCGCUUUCUUUAGCUGAAGAAACUCUUGAUUGGGGCUCUUUUUGUUCAGGUUUCUUAGCAGCUUCAGUUGCUUUUUGUUCAUCUGUUUUAACACCUUUUGGAGCUUGAGGAGUCUCCUUUUUCUCCUCUUUUGGCUCUUUCUUCGGCUCUUCCUUUGACUCUUUCUUAGGUUCUUUCUUAGGUUCUUUCUUAGGCUCUUUCUUAGGUUCUUUCUUAGGCUCUUUCUUUGGUUCCUUCUUAGGUUCUGUCUUUGGUUCCUUCUUAGGCUCUGCCUUUGGUUCCUUCUUAGGCUCUGCCUUUGGUUCUUUCUUUGGCUCUUCUGAAACCUUUGGUGCUUCAUUUUUAGCUGGAGGAGGAAUUUCCUUCGAGCUCUGUCCAUCUACAGCUGUCAUCACACCCUUAUAAUCCAGAGGAAUUCCUUCAUCCUUUGCUUUAAAGUAUUCAUGGGCAUAGAGUAGUACAUCUUCAGGUUGGUUUCUCAAGACCUCCAUUGCGAAGUCAUGGAGGACCUCCAUGAACCCAUCUGGGACUGGGAAAAUUUUGCUAUAUCUGC